AGUCGGCGGCGCGCGGCGCGGGCGGAGGGCGCGACCGGCGGGCGGGGCGCGGGGCGCGGCGCGCGGCGUGGGCUCCUCCGCGGCCCUCGGCGGCCGCGGGCUCGGCGGGGACCAUGGCGCUGCGCGCCCGCGCGCUGUACGACUUCAGGUCGGAGAACCCGGGCGAGAUCUCGCUGCGCGAGCACGAGGUGCUGAGCCUGUGCAGCGAGCAGGACAUCGAGGGCUGGCUGGAGGGCGUCAACAGCCGCGGCGACCGCGGCCUCUUCCCGGCCUCCUACGUGCAGGUGAUCCGCGCGCCCGAGCCCGGCCCCGCGCCCGACGCCGGCCCGGGCCCCGGCCCCGGCGGCCCGGCCCGCUACGCCAACCUGCCUCCCGGCGGCCUGGAGCCCCUGCCCUCCCCGCCGCCCGCCGCCUUCCAGCCUUCGAGCAGCUUCCAGCCGCCGAGCACCUUCCAGCCGCCGAGCACCUUCCAGCCGCAGAGCACCUUCCAGCCGCCGGGCGCCUUCCAGCCCCCGUACGCCGGGGGCGCCCUGCAGCCGUCGCCCCAGCAGCUCUACGGCGGCGGCGGCUACCAGGCGAGCCAGGGCAGCGACGACGACUGGGACGACGAGUGGGACGACAGCUCCACGGUGGCGGACGAGCCGGGCGCGCUGGGCGGCGGCGCGUACCCGGACCUGGACGGCGCCUCCGCGGGGGGCCCCGGCCGCUACCGCCUGUCCACGCGCGGCGACCCGUCGCUGGGCCCCCGGGGCGGCCCGCUGCCCGCGCCGCACCCGCCGUCGGGCGCCAAGAGCUCGGCCACGGUGAGCCGCAACCUGAACCGCUUCUCCACCUUCGUCAAGUCGGGCGGCGAGGCCUUCGUGCUGGGCGAGGCGGCGGGCUUCGUCAAGGACGGCGACAAGCUGUGCGUGGUGCUGGGCCCGCACGGCCCCGAGUGGCAGGAGAACCCCUACCCGUUCCAGUGCACCAUCGACGACCCCACCAAGCAGACCAAGUUCAAGGGCAUGAAGAGCUACAUCUCCUACAAGCUGGUGCCCACGCACACGCGCGCGCCCGUGUACCGGCGCUACAAGCACUUCGACUGGCUGUACGCGCGCCUGGCCGAGAAGUUCCCGGUCAUCUCGGUGCCGCACCUGCCCGAGAAGCAGGCCACGGGCCGCUUCGAGGAGGACUUCAUCUCCAAGCGCCGCAAGGGCCUGGUCUGGUGGAUGAACCACAUGGCCAGCCACCCGGUGCUGGCGCAGUGCGACGUCUUCCAGCACUUCCUCACCUGCCCCAGCGGCACGGACGAGAAGGCCUGGAAGCAGGGCAAGCGCAAGGCAGAGCGCGACGAGAUGGUGGGCGCCAACUUCUUCCUGACGCUCAGCACGCCGCCCGCCGCCGCGCUGGACCUGCAGGAGGUGGAGAGCCGCAUCGACGGCUUCAAGAGCUUCACCAAGAAGAUGGACGACAGCGCGCUGCAGCUCAACCACACGGCCACGGAGUUCGCGCGCAAGCAGGUGACGGGCUUCCGCAAGGAGUACCAGAAGGUGGGCCAGUCCCUGCGCGGCCUCAGCCAGGCCUUCGAGCUGGACCAGCAGGCCUUCUCGGCCGGCCUCAACCAGGCCAUCGCCUUCACCGGGGACGCCUACGACGCCAUCGGCGAGCUCUUCGCCGAGCAGCCCCGGCAGGACCUGGACCCGGUCAUGGACCUGCUGGCGCUGUACCAGGGCCACCUGGCCAACUUCCCCGACAUCAUCCACGUGCAGAAAGGUGCUCUGACCAAGGUGAAGGAGAGCCGGCGGCACGUGGAGGAGGGGAAGAUGGAGGCGCAGAAGGCCGAGGGCAUCCAGGCCCGCUGCAACACCAUCUCCUUCGCCACGCUGGCCGAGAUCCACCACUUCCACCAGGUCCGCGUGCGCGACUUCAGGUCCCAGAUGCAGCACUUCCUGCAGCAGCAGAUCAUAUUUUUCCAGAAAGUGACGCAGAAGCUGGAGGAGGCUCUUCACAAGUACGACAGCGUCUAGUGCCGGGCGCGCGUGGGGCGCUCCAGUUCCAGGGUGAUUUCCGCAGCGGAGCACAGACGGCUCAGCUGCCGCCGCUCCCGUGGGCACAGGCCGCUCUGUGCCCGCAGCCGGGCUGGCUGUGUGCUGGCGCGGCGGU